CACACUACUAAUCCAAACAGAGGGACCGGCAUCGUGGAGGCACAACAUGUCGCUCAAGAACACGCACGCCGCGCUCGUCAAGAGCUUUGCGAGCAGCAAGCCGGACCUCGGCUCGAUCAAGACGCAGCUGACGCGGGCCAAGAUUGAGCUGACGCAGUCGGGCCUCCUCGUGCCCUCGCCUGCCGACGCAGCCGCCCACCCGUCCGAGGUGGCCAUGGCCCGCGACGUGCUCGAGAUUGGCGCACUGUCGAGCGUGCGGCAGCGCGACGUCGAGAGCUUCGACCGGUACAUGGGUCUUCUUCAUGUCUUUUACAACGACUGCAGCACCCACCUGCCGCCGUCGCAGUCGCAGGAGGCGCUGCUGGGCCUCUGCCUGCUCCGGCUGCUCUCGUCCAACUCGAUUUCGCAGUUCCACACCACCCUCGAGGCCCUGCCCCCGCACCUCGUCGCCUCGUCGCCCUACAUCCAGCACCCCGUCCACCUCGAGCGCUGGCUGAUGGAGGGCAGCUACAGCAAGGUGUGGCGUGCGCGCAAGGAGGUGCCCCGAGAGGAGUACAGCUACUUUGUUGACGAGCUCAUGGGCACGAUCCGGCGAGAGAUUGCGUCGUGCGAGGAAAAGGCCUACGACAGCCUGCCGCUGAGUGAUGCUGCGACGCUGCUCUUCUUCGACAACAUGCAGGAUGUCUCAGUAUUUGCCAACGAGCGAGGAUGGCAGAUCAACCCGACGACACAGACGGUGCACUUUACCAACAAGGCUGGCAGUGCCACGCGGGAUGCGAUCCCCAAGCGGGCGACCAUCACGUCGAACCUGCAGUUUGCAAAGGAGCUCGAGAGCAUCGUCUGA